CAGGUAGGGAGAGUAUUCACAUCUAAAAUUCUAGGCAUCAAUCCCUCUAACCACAAGCACUCUCUCCCUAGCUAGCUAGUAGCCCUCCCACACAAGAGCCCAUGCUCUGUGUGUGUGUGUGUGUGUGUGUGAACCCAGGAUAUAUGAGCUAGGUACCAGUACCGCUCCUCCUCCUCAUCGCCCCUCUGCAACACUCUCAAGAGAGAUUUAUCUCCUCCUGCAGGUGCUAGCCUGCUAGACCUCUUUAACCAUCUCUCUCCUUCUCUCCUCCACACGCAGACACACAAGCGUGAAGAGCUUAUGCAUGGCCGGAGUCGGGAUACAUCUGAUCAUAGCUCCUAGGCCACACCCCUCUCUCUCUCUCACGCACAGACGCACAGUAGACGCGCGCAGCUGCAGCUAGCUAGCAGUCGCUCUUCUUCCGAGGGCCUAGAGACGAGAGGUCUCAGGGGCCUUGGAGUCACAUCACUAAAGCAUGUUUCCUUUCUAUGAUUCCCCAAGCCCCAUGGACUUACCCCUUUACCAGCAGCUGCAGCUCAGCCCUCCCUCCCCAAAGGCGCCGGAUCACCAAUCCUUGCUCUACUACCAUUCCUCCCCUGCAUUCGCCGCCGACCCUUUCCACCACAACUACCUCUGUGCCGGUGCCGGUGCCGGUUCCGGUGCCGGUGAGGCCACGCCGCCAGCAGCCGAGAUCGACGACCAGUCGCCGUCGGAGCUGCUUCUGAUGGAUCAGGCGCCGGCGCCCAGGCCAGACGGGGCUGGAAAGGCACAAGGCCUGCACGGCGGUGGAGGCCUCGACAGCGCGGCCGCUAGGAAAGACCGUCACAGCAAGAUAUGCACCGCCGGCGGGAUGAGGGACCGGCGGAUGCGGCUGUCCCUCGACGUCGCCCGCAAGUUCUUCGCGCUCCAGGACAUGCUCGGCUUCGACAAGGCCAGCAAGACGGUGCAAUGGCUCCUCAAUACGUCAAAGGGCGCCAUCAAGGAGGUCAUGACUGACGAGGCGUCCUCCGACUGCGAGGAGGACGGCUCCAGCAGCCUCUCCGUCGCCGACGGCAAGCACAAGCAGCCAGGGACGGAGGCUGGAGGUGGUGAUCACGCCGACGGGAAGAAGCCGGCGCCGAGGGCUUCCAAAAGGGCACCCGCCAACCCCAAGCCGCAAAGGAAAUUGGCCAGUGCGCACCUGAUCCCCGACAAGGAGUCGAGGACAAAGGCGAGGGAGAGGGCAAGGGAGCGGACGAGGGAGAAGAACCGGAUGCGAUGGGUGACGCUCGCGUCCACAAUCAACAUCGAGCCGGCAACCACCGGCAUGGCGGCGGCGAGGCUGGACGAGUUGGUCACCAGCCCCAACAAUUUGAUCAAUCGCUCCUCGUCCAUGAACACGCCAGGCGCUGAAUUGGAGGAGGGGUGCUCGUCGUCCAUGCCGAGCGAAGCGAUCAUGGCUGGCUUCGGCAAUGGAGGGUACGGCAGCAUCGGCAACUACUACCAGCACCAGCUGGAGCAGCAAUGGGAGCUCGGUGGAGUGGUGUUUGCCAACUCCCAGCACUACUGAGAAGCGACGACGUGCGUACACGAUCUGCAGGUAUUCUGGUGAAUGAGUUGAUAUAUUUGAUGAGUGGCAAUUGAUAUGAAUGGCAGAUGAGUUUGAUUUUCAA